UGUGUUUUGUGGACCUGUAAAAUUUGGAAGAGCAGGCACGGGUGAAACAGAUUCGAUACAAAAGUUGGUUGGUUUAAUAGUGUUUUUUGUGUGUUUGAGUGGAACAAUUGAAGCGAAGGGAUCAUGGCAUCUUUGCGUGUAAAGAAACCGACCACCCGCAAGGGUAAAAAAGCGUUGGAGGAACGGGAACCAAAAACGAUCGAAAAUCUGAAGAAAACGCUCAUCAUGGAAGGCCGCAAGUGCUCGAACGAAAUACGACAAGCGCUGAAGGAUUUGAACCUGUUCAAGAAGCCCAACUCGCGCAUGAUGAGACGAAACAACGACGUUACCCCGUUCGAGGAUGCUACACCACUGGAGCACCUGGCAAAGACAAACGACUGCCAUCUGUUUCUGUUCGGCUCGACGUCGAAAAAGCGACCGAACAAUCUGAUCAUGGGCCGCAUCUACGAGGAGCAGGUACUGGACAUGAUCGAGGUCGGCAUCGACCACUACACGGCGCUGGAAAAGUUCAAGACGGAGAAAAUCUCCCAGUUCACCAAGCCCGUGAUCGUGUUCAACGGCUACAAGUGGAAGCUGACGGAGGAGCUGCGCCGCAUCAAGAAUCUGCUGCUGGACAUGUUCCGGAUCGAUCAGAUCGAAUCGAUCCGUCUGCAGGGCAUCGAGCAUGUGCUGAGCUUCACGCUAACGGACGAUCUCACCAUUCUGGUGCGCUCGUAUCGCAUACAGCUGAAGAAGAGCGGCCAGCGGACGCCUCGGAUCGAGCUGACCGAAAUGGGCCCGUCGCUCGAUCUGUCCAUCCGCCGGACCAAGAUCGCAUCGGACAGCCUGUACAAGACGGCGAUGAGACAGCCGGCCAUUUUGAGGGUAACCAAGAGGAAGAACGUGACGCGCGACGAGCUGGGCAACGUGCACGGCAGGGUGCAUGUUGGCAAGCAGGACAUCAACGCACUGCAGACCAGAAAGAUGAAGGGUUUGAGAAAGACGGCCGAGGAGAAACGGACGGAGAGGGCAAAUAAGAAGAGUCGGCUUUCGGGCAGUGCGGACGCUUCGAUGGACGAGGGUGCCGAUGGGGACUCGAGCGGAGAGGCGAAUGAUGGUAUGGAUGCGGACAGUGGCGAAGAAUGAAUGGGUUUAUUUGUUUGCAAAUAAAUGAUUCCGUUUGUAUUCCACUAA